GUUUGGGAAUUUUGAGUCUGUGUUUGAGCAAUUUUGAGUGUUCUUUCGUCGUGUGCCGGUUACCAAUUUUUCUUCGGUUAUUAGUUUUUUCAGAUAGUUGUAAGGUGAUUUAGAAUAUAAAAUAACACAAUGAUUACAGAACCGACGUUAACGCUGAUACAAGUAUUAGAAAAGACUAUUUCCCCAGAUCGAAAUGAAUUGGAAGCUGCAGAGAAAUACCUUGACCAUGCAGCUGUCUCUAACUUCACGAUUUUCAUCAAGAUGUUAUCAGAUGUGCUGGUCCAGGGGGGUAAUAGCCAGGUGGCUAGAAUGGCUGCUGGCUUGCAGUUAAAAAAUCACCUCACUUCAAAAGACCCAACACUUAAACAACAAUAUCAGCAAAGAUGGCUAGAGCUACCUGAAGAUACAAGACUCUACAUUAAAAAUAAUAUAUUAGCAGCUAUUGGUACAGAGAACAGUAGACCCAGUUCUGCUGCCCAGUGUGUAGCAUAUGUCGCUGUAGCUGAACUUGCUGUAGGACAAUGGAAUGGUCUGAUUCCCAUCCUAGUAGAAAAUGUUGUCAAUCCUGAAUCUACUGAACUAAAGAAAGAAGCAAGCUUAGAGGCUAUUGGUUAUAUUUGUCAAGAAAUAGAUGCUGAAGUGCUAACAGAACAAAGCAAUGCAAUUUUAACUGCCAUCAUCCAUGGCAUGAGAUCAAGUGAGCCUAGUACUCAUGUUCGUCUUGCUGCAACUCAAGCUCUACUCAAUUCCCUUGAAUUCACAAGGGCCAAUUUUGAUAGAGAAAAUGAAAGGAAUUUUAUCAUGGAAGUUGUUUGUGAGGCGACACAAUCCCCAGAUAUGAGAAUAAGUGUAGCAGCACUUCAAUGUCUAGUGAAAAUAUUAUCCUUAUACUACCAGUACAUGGAACCUUAUAUGGGACAAGCGCUGUUCCCUAUUACUUUAGAAGCUAUGAAAUCUGACAUUGAUGAGAUCUCUUUGCAAGGAAUAGAAUUUUGGUCAAAUGUUAGCGAUGAAGAAAUAGAUCUAGGCAUUGAGAUGGCUGAAGCGAAUGAAGCAGGUCGACCACCAGUAAGAACAUCAAGAUUCUAUGCUCGGGGAGCUUUGCAGUAUAUUGCUCCAGUGCUAAUGCAAAAACUAACAAAACAGGAAGACUCUGAUGAUGAACUGGAAUGGAACCCAUCAAAAGCUGCUUCAGUAUGUUUAAUGCUGCUCUCAAACUGUUGCGAAGAUGACAUAGUUCCUCAUGUUUUGCCAUUUAUUCAUUCAAAUAUUAAAAGCGAAAACUGGCGGUACAGGGAAGCAGCUCUUAUGGCUUUCGGCUCUAUCCUAGGUGGUCUAGAAUCGGCUACUUUAAAACCACUUGUAGAGGAAGCGAUGCCUACGCUCAUUCAAGCUAUGUAUGACUCGAGUGUAGCAGUGAGAGAUACAGCGGCCUGGACAUUUGGUAGGAUUUGCGAAAUCGUCCCAGAGGCAGCCAUCAAUGACACAUAUCUUAAGCCUCUUUUAGAAAGUCUUAUGAGUGGACUAAAGGGCGAGCCACGAGUAGCCGCGAAUGUUUGUUGGGCAUUCACAGGACUAGCCGAAGCUGCAUACGAAGCCGCCGAUUGCAGUGACUCACACCAGCCCAAGACUUACUGUAUGUCCACUUACUUUGAUUACAUUGUUGAACGCCUGCUGGAGACUACGGACCGCCAAGAUGCAGCACAGCAUAAUUUGCGGUCAGCCGCUUAUGAAGCUCUCAUGGAAAUGGUCAAAAACUCUCCCACUGACUGUUAUGUCACUGUGCAAAAAACUACCAUGGUUAUAUUGGAGCGGCUGCAGCAGGUGCUACAGAUGGAGAACCAUAUCUCCAGUCAGGCUGAUAGAUCACAGUUGAUUGACCUGCAGAGUCUGCUAUGCGCCACUCUGCAAUCGGUUCUUCGGAAGGUGACUCCUGAGGAUGCACCGCAAAUAUCUGACUCUAUCAUGACUGCUCUGCUAACGAUGUUCGCCGGGAACGCCGGUAAGGCCGGUGGCGUUCAAGAAGACGCUUUGAUGGCAGUAUCGACAUUGGUUGAGGUGUUAGGAGAAGGGUUUCUUAAAUAUAUGGAUGCUUUCAAACAAUACCUCUAUGUUGGUCUUAAAAAUCAUCAAGAAUAUCAAGUAUGCAUAGCUGCUGUAGGUGUUACUGGUGACAUAUGCCGUGCACUAAAGAGUAAGGUGCUGCCUUAUUGUGAUGAAAUCAUAGUACUGUUACUAGAGAACCUCGGUGACCCAUCUAUCCAUCGUUCAGUAAAACCUCAAAUUCUAUCAGUCUUCGGAGAUAUAGCUCUCAGUAUCGGUCCUGACUUUAAGAAGUAUUUCGAUGUAGUCAUGCAGAUGCUGCUGCAGGCCAGCAACGCGCAAGUGGAUCGUGAGGACUAUGAUAUGGUGGAGUAUCUGUGCGAGCUCCGGGAGAGUGUGCUCGAAGCAUACACGGGCAUCAUUCAGGGGCUGAAGGGCACGAGUGGCGAGAUCCAAGCUGACGUGGCCGUGGUGGAGCCGCACGUAGGCGCGAUCGUGAACUUCAUGAUCCAGGUGGCGUCGGAGCCCGAGCGCACGGACGGCCACAUGUCGGUCAUCGCAGGGCUCACGGGCGACCUGUGCACGGUGUUCGGCCAGCGCGUGCUGCCGCUGCUGGAGACGCGGCCGCUGCUGGACCUGCUGCAGGCCGCGCGCCUGUCGCGUACGCCGCGCACCAAGACGCUCGCGAACUGGGCCACCAAGGAGAUCCGUAAGCUCAAGCAGCAGGCGCCGCUCGCUAGCUGAUUUGAAACAUCAUGGAACAAAAGUGAUGUAACGAAGUUUCAAUCAACAUACUGCUGGUAAAUUUAAAUGUAUUAUUGGGAGGUCAUAUCAUAUUAUUAUUUUUAAGUCGUUAGGUGCAUUUAUAUAUACUGGGUCUUAAGAAUAGCGAAUUUAAUUUACUUACAAAACAUUUAAUUUCAAUGCCUUAGUUUCAAUGUAGAUGUUACAAUUCAACAUGUACGUGUGACUAUGUAUGUAUGUUAUUAUGUUCUUUUACAUAAUAUUAUAUACAUGUUAAUAAUAACUAAUUACAUGCAGUCUGUAUGCAAUUUCAUUACUAAGUACAUUAAAAACUUCAUACAGAAUUCGAACCAUUUGUGCUUUAUAAGUUUUUUUUUGUAAAUGUAGUGAUAAUUUUUGUUUUCAAACGCAUAGUGAUUAUUAUGUGGCCAAUUAUGCACCUAGCGCAGCACUUGAAAAACGAUGUAAUGCCUCACUAUAAUCUUUCCGUAAUAUUCUAAAAAAUAUUAAAGCAUUUUCCUAUUUGGUAUUAUAGAUACAGACAGUGGCUGUGGUAUCUUUACUUAUGUAAUGUGAAAGAGACUUGUAUGAAAGUUGACGUAUGUUAUUAUAGGCAUGAUGCACAUUUGCAAGGGAUUAUGAAUUUUAUAAAUUAUUGUUUUGUAAGAUAUGAAAGAAUCUAUGAAUGAUGAAGAAUGUAUGGUGAUAUGUAUAAGUGAAUAAACAUAUUUUGUAAACUUAGACAUGAAUCAACCCCCUGAAAAGGAUUGGUGUCGAUGUCAUAAGGUUUCACGAGCGAGACGCAAGGCCGCCAUAUUGGUGCCGAAAAUCUUUUUUUUUCAUCACGAUAAUUUCCUGACUAAUGAUGAUAUAAAAUUUAAAUAAUACCGAUUUAUGAAAUUGUUUUACAAUCACGUAGAAUAUUGGAAAAUUUUCAAUCAUGAGAAUAUUUGAAGAUUUUACAACAUCAUUAAAUUACAAGUUAGAAAUUUUGUGAUGAACAAAAAGACAGUAUUGCCUUUAUUCUCGAGCUCAUGUUUUGUACAUAUGUAAUUAACAGCUCUUUUUCUUGACAUGCUUAGUACAUUUUUUGGAUAAAAUGUAUAAGUACUACGUUACAUAAAGCACUGACAGUAAAAUUUUGUAAAAACUUAUUACGUGCUCCUACAGUUAACUUUAUUGUUGAAAAUAUUCGUUGAAGAAUCUCAAUUGGUUGUUAAUUUAAAAACUUGUCUUUUACAAACACAGAUUUUGAAUGUUGUUUAACAUGCUGUUACUUUUAUGAACUUUUUUAAUAUUACUUGGUUAAAAAAUUAAUUUGUUUGUUAAAUCUGUAAGUAGUAGGUGCCCAAUGCCAUUAAUUUAAAAGACCGACAAUAACACUUCAUUUUCCUAGUAAUGAUACUUUUUAGUUUUUCGCUAUUAAUACGUCAGUGCCUUGAAGCAUUCGAAGUUUUUUCGGAUUCGGAAUUCCUCAUCAGUUAUCACUUAUCACGUAAAUGUUAAACAUUCACAUGAUAGAAUAUUAAUGGAUAUCGAGCGGUAAACCUAUUUUCCAGUACCACUAGUUGUAACAUUAACGGACUGUGAGCUUAAUGAAAGCAGAAUCGCUUUAAUUUAAUUCGUAUCUUGAGUGUUUGCUAGUCUGUGAGCAUCACUGACAGGGAUGAUGUUUGCGCGAGUUAUGCAAGAUUUAUAAGAGACGACUGCCGUUACUUUGAGCUCUUGUGCAUCAUCUAUGAAAUAGGAAUCGGUAGGCACGAUGCAAUUCAAUGACUGAUAGUAACUGUAUUUAUUUUUAAGAUAAAAUCUUUUGCUAAAAGCAUAUCGGGCAUUAUGUCCAAGAGCUCACUGUUAACAUUUGUGUUUUACUUGAUAUGCGUGUAUAGGUAUAAAUGUCCAUGUUACACAUACAUACCUACUGACAGAUUAUUUCGUCGCGAAUCUUUUUCAUAAAAUGUACUUAUUACUAAGGAUGAUAGGCGAAUAUGUAAGAGGACUAGUGCCAUGCCAUGAAAGGUUCUGAAUUAGAAUCAUAGGCAUUGAGUCGAUGAAUACCACCCACUUUUCCUGCGCGGAUCAAAUAUUUAGAUUAUUUUGUUACAUCUUUAUUUCUAUUUGAUUUACCCACGAAUACUACUUAUCAUUUAAACAGUUCUAUGAUAUUAAAAGCAAAUAAAAAUUUAUUGUUU